AAUCCCGUACCCGAUUAUAAAGAACCAUAUAGACCGGUGAUUGAACACCGGUUAAUCGAAUUACCAAUGUUUAGUUUACCUGAAAAAGAGAAAAUGGAAAAAAUGCGUGAAUUUAAAGCGCAACCACUUCAUACUGGUUCUCCUGAUUGUCUGCCUACACGCCCUUAUUAUCCACCAACUCACCCAAAACCAUUUGCAUUGUUAACUAAUGAUCGUGGAGAAAAAUAUCAAAGAGAAUUUUAUGAGAAAGUGAGAAAAGAGCAGGAAUAUUACAAAGAAAAUCGAUUCCAUGCACAACCUCUCCCCAAUUUUGAGCCCGAAAUUCCUAGAAAACCUUAAUGUCCUCCACCAACAGAACCAAUUGGUUUUUUCUUUUUCACUGAUACUCGUAUGGAAGAACGUCAUAUUUAUGACGAACACAGAAGAUUUCGAGAGAAGGAAGCUUAGGAACAAAGAAUAGCAAAGAUCAGGGAGGAAGAAGUAAGAUAUAAGAACUAAUUCAUGUUAUCGAUCUUUUUUUUGAUAUUUAACUUUUUAUGCAUUUAUGUUAAUUAAAGGUACGCAGUGCGCAGAUUUAGUUCAUCACGCUCAACCUAUACGAUAUUAUACACCGAUAAAUAUACAACCAUCGGAUAAAAAAACCGACAAAACCAAUUUCUCCCAUGAUCGGUG